CCACAAAACGAACACAUUGAAUUACAUCGAAAACGUCAUGGUUACAGGCUUGACUAUUUUGAAAGAAAGCGCAAGAGAGAAGCUCGUGAACCUCAUGAAAGGGCUCAAAAGGCCCGGAAACUAAGGGGUCUUAAAGCCAAAAUUGCCAAUAAGGAAAGAUUUAAGGAGAAGGUUCAGAUGAAGAAGACUAUUCGCAUGCACGAAAUGCGAAAUGUUAAACAGAACGCUGGUGAGGCUGGUGGAUCUGGCGAAAAGCCAGUGUUUUUGCUUGACCGUGAGGAACAAAACCGAUCCAAAGUUCUUUCAAACACUAUUAAACAGAAGCGCGCCGAGAAGGCUGGGAAAUGGCAAGUCCCCAUUCCGAAGGUGCAGACAGUGUCAGAAGCUGAUGCCUUUAGAGUCGUCAAAUCUGGAAAGUCCAAGCGAAAGGCCUGGAAGCGUAUGGUUACCAAGAUGUGCUUCGUUGGUGAUAAUUUCACUCGUAAGCCACCGAAGUUUGAACGCUUUAUCCGUCCUAUGGCUUUGCGCGCAAAGCGCGCUAAUGUUGUCCAUCCAGAGACUCGAGAUACCUUCUGCCUUCCAAUAAUCGGCGUCAAGAAAAAUCCAAGCUCUCCACUUUACACUGGUCUCGGAAUUAUUACUAAAGGAACAAUCAUUGAGGUCAACGUUAGUGAAAUGGGUCUUGUUACACCAGGAGGAAAGGUUGUUUGGGGAAAGUACGCCCAAGUGACAAAUCAUCCUGAGAACGAGGGAUGUAUAAAUGCGGUUCUUAUCGUAUAG